AUGGCUCAGUUCAUUUACAGCCCUAGAGGCGUGGUGAUUGAAUCCAAAUCGAGUGGUGAUUUUCUUAAUUUGUUGAGAACGUACAAUUAUAAUUUUGUUCCGGUGGGGUUUGAUGUUGGGGACGUUCCAGCCCACGUUAUGCUGGAGAUGAUUCGUCCAGUCUGUCAGCAGAGUGAUCCCCUUGCUCUGCAGCAGGGUUUUAGUGACAUGGCCAAGGUUGCUCUUGGAGUUUAUAACGAAAACCAGGGGACUCGGUAUCAAUUUUUCCAAGUAAUCAAGGUGAAUUAUUUUUGUACUGGGGCGCUCUGGUAUUAUAUUACGUUCCAAGCAAAGAAUGUAAUGGAUGGUUCUCAACUUCAGAAUUUCCAGGCUCUCACGACUCCGGGUCCGCUUGAAAGUGAGGCGAAGGUGAAGGUUGAAUUCUGCAGAGUUGAACCAAAACCUGAGCUUCCUGAAGAUUGCUCCGAGCGAUAG